AUGGCUUGGCGCAAUCAAGGCAUCACAGGCUCUAACAACAUCCCUUUGGGAAGCCGCCGCCGCCCUGGGUUCGGGGAAGAGGAGGAGGAGGAUAGUCGCACCGCGACUCCUUCCUCUGUGCCCGAUGGCCCUAAGCGUGGCCGCAGCCCCGUUCGAGGUAUGUCUCUCCCUACAAGUACUUCACAAGUGUUUGUUUCUCACCUUUCUUCUUUUGAAAUAGCGGAGCCCGCGGCCGAUGGCGUGAAGAGGCGCAAGAAGCGCAACCGUUGGGGAGACCAGCAAGAGAACAAGGCCGCCGGUCUGAUGGGCUUGCCCACGAUGAUCAUGGCCAACUUCACCAGCGAACAACUUGAGGCUUACACCCUGCACCUGCGCAUCGAGGAGAUCAGCCAGAAGCUUCGGAUCAACGAUGUGGUCCCGGGUGAUGGUGACAGAUCUCCUUCGCCCCCGCCGCAGUACGACAACUUUGGUAGGCGUGUGAACACUCGCGAGUACCGCUACCGCAAGCGUCUCGAGGAUGAGCGUCACAAGCUGGUCGAGAAGGCCAUGAAGACCAUCCCUAACUACCACCCGCCCUCAGACUACAGACGUCCCACCAAGACCCAGGAGAAGGUCUACGUCCCAGUCAAUGACUAUCCAGAGAUUAACUUCAUUGGCUUACUCAUAGGACCUCGUGGAAACACCCUGAAGAAAAUGGAGACCGAGUCCGGUGCCAAGAUCGCCAUUCGCGGCAAAGGAUCCGUUAAGGAAGGCAAGGGCCGUUCUGACGCCGCUCACGGUAGCAACCAGGAGGAAGACCUUCACUGCUUGAUCAUGGCCGAUACCGAAGAGAAGGUGAACAAGGCCAAGAAACUGGUUCACAAUGUCAUUGAGACGGCCGCUUCUAUUCCCGAAGGCCAGAACGAGCUCAAGCGCAACCAGCUUCGUGAGCUGGCUGCUCUCAACGGUACUCUCCGUGAUGAUGAGAACCAGGCUUGUCAGAACUGUGGUCAAAUCGGUCAUCGCAAGUACGACUGUCCCGAGCAGCGCAACUUCACUGCCAACAUUAUCUGUCGCGUCUGUGGCAAUGCUGGACACAUGGCCCGCGAUUGUCCCGACCGCCAGAGAGGCAGCGACUGGCGCAACAACGCCGGUGCUGGCGCUCCUGGUGGCCGUGGCGCUCCUCGUGCUAUCGGCACUGGCGAUGCUGUUGACCGUGAGAUGGAGCAACUCAUGAACGAAUUGUCUGGUGGUGCUCCCGCCGACUAUCCGGCUCGUCGUAUUGAAGCUGGCCCUGAGCAGGGUGGCUACCCUGACGAGAGUGAUGCGAAGCCCUGGCAGCGCGGUCCUCCCGGACCUCCCGCCAGCGACGUUGCUCCUUGGCAACAGCGAGGCCGUGAAAACCAUCGCGACGACUACGGAUCCCGCGGUGGAGGCGGCGGUGGAGGCGGCGGAGGUGACUACGGCGCUCCUCCCCCUUGGGCUGCUGCUCAGCAGAGUCGGGGUGGCGAUUACGGCGGCUAUGGAGCUCAGGCCGGAUAUGCUGCGCCUGGUACCGCUCCCGGUGCUCCACCCGGUGCUGCUCCUUGGCAGCAACCGGCACCUCCUGGUGGCCAAGCUGCGUACGGGUAUGGAGGAUACGGAGGCUACACUUACCCUCCUGGCAUGGCUGCUCCCCCUCCUCCCGGCAUGCCUCAGAUGGCUUAUGGCGGUGCUGGUAGCCCUCCUCCCCCGCCUCCUCCUGGCGACCAGCCUCCUCCCCCUCCCCCUGGCAAUCAACCCCCCCCUCCCCCCUCCCAGCGAUCAGCCUCCCCCUCCCCCACCUCCGGCGUGAGCAUUCUCAAUUCUGCAAAUGGGUUUCUAGUCGAGAAAAGUUGUGGAGCGCGGUCUCGUUUCGCUCCGAUGCCAGGGAACAGCUUCCUAGGUUUCUUUCUAUCUCUGUCACGUAAUACUCUCAAUCAAUAG